UGAGGGGGACGGCCGGCGCCCGCGCGGCACAUGACUUGUUUCGAAAAGCCGCACAUCACACACCAUAACAGUGAACGAACUGUUGCGUUAGGACCCUAGAUCUAGCUCUCAACUAGAAUUUGCUUGAACGUCAGAAAAUUACGAAUUCUCUACAAGAUGAGUGUUCGAUCAUAUAAUCCAUCUGUGCGAGUGGGCAACUGGAAUGAAGACACCUGCUUGGAAGAAGACAUGGUAAAAGAUUUUCUGGAUAAGAAAGACAAAGGAGAACUACUCAUUCAAAAGGCAUCUCAACUAAAGAGCACCAUUUUAAAGCCAUGUGAGUUGUCGGUCAGUGUGGAUGGGUACGCUCAUUAUGGAGACACCGUGGUCAUCAUGAACUUGGCUGAUGCAGACCAAGUAAGAACCCAGCCAGGGGUGGAGCCGCGCCAAGACAAUGUCCUCUCUGUUGCUAUGUCAGAGAGCAAGAUUCACGAGAGCAUGAAGUUUGAAGGGACCUGCAAUGCCUCUGCAAGCAGGUUAACUGACCCUUGUGUUAGGAACACAUUUGUAAUCACACCGGUAAAUAAUUCUACCAAACCUGGUACCACUCUCAAAUACGGCGAACACUUCAGGCUCUGUACUCUUCCUGGUGUAGGAGGCAAUCUUUACAUGCAAAGUGAUAGAGCGUCUUUCCAUACCUCAGCGGAGAAGUCAAGAUUGCAGAAGGUGACGUUUGUUGAGGAAUCCGAGUCGCCUUACCUGACGGAAUGGCGCAUCCUUCAUUUCAAUCCCCAAAUCAGAAUGGAAUCAGAAGGAUAUGAAGUCCCUGUAAAUCAGAAAAUAGUUUUCAACCACUGCAAAACAAAUCAGAGUCUUUGUGUUAUUAGCGGAAUGACUACAAGAACACCCUUUGGCAGGGAUUAUGAGGUUGUUGCGCAUACAGACUUGGACUCUCACAAAGCAGAGAAGGAUGUCAAUCAUUGGAUAAUUAAGACUGGUCACCCAUCACAAUGCACAAAGUUGGCUGCGACGUUGCCUGUAGGUGAACAGCAGUGAGAUUUCAUGAGAUUGGAUCCCACUCUUACUCGUACCUUAAUGGAGGAGGAAAGAUUGAACAGCACCGAUAGUUCAGACACAGCUGUAGUCUUGUGUACUGUCAUCAUAUGAAGCUAUAUCAAAGUUUUCAUAAUGCUAAUUUAAAUAUAUACAUUUUACUUCAAUUGGUUAGACCUGAUAGAUGUAUAGGAUCAGAGAACUUUAGCGCAAAUGUACAUGUAUAUAAAAGAUUAUAUAUCACCUUGAAUUGUAAUAUAUUGUGAUUCCUCUGUUCAAGUUUCAUUGUCACUUCUUCAAAUCCAAUAUAGAAAGGUGAAAUAGAUUAUUAUGAGGUAAAAUGUUAAUGAAUUUGGUAGGAAGAAAUAAACCAUAUCGUUUCAUGCCAUGUUAAUUGAGCAUCUUUUUUUAUUGAAAUUUUAAAGUUUUGUUUUUUUUGUCAUGUGUAGUGUUACCACCGAAACUUAUCAAUGGUAUUUAUUUCCUCUUUCAAUGGUUCAUAAGAUCAGGGGGGUGUUUCAUGAAAGUUUUCAGCACUGAUUAAAUUGUCAGUGCUCACUAUUUCUAUGAAAUCCUUGCUUUUGAUUGGCUGAGAAGCUAUGGCCUCCGACUGUUACUAUGGUAACUGUCAGAGAAAGACAUCUUGUCA